UGCUGAGCCCCCGUCGCCCUGCGGUCAUGUCUCCCUGCCCACACACACUCACACACAGCCCCUGCCUGACCUACUGUGCAGCUGCCCCGCCCCGAAGAUGAACCCCCGCCCCGUCCCAGACUACAUGGAGUCCCUGAUCGUGGUGACCGAGUACGAGCCCAAGGGGGGUGAUGAGGUGGAGGACAUGGAGUGCUCUGAGACCCCUGAGCCCGGCGCGCCCCCCUUCAGAACCCACUCCUGCGACUUGCUGUCCCACUCUGUGGGCCACCCCGAGGCCCUGUCCCCUGAGCCCCAGGGGCACAGGGGAAGACUAAACCUGUCAGACCGGAAGCUGUCCCUGCAGGAGCGCUCCCAGACGGCCUCGUCCCCCAACGGGCGCUACAUCUACCCCUCGCUGCCCUACUCGCCCAUCACCUCGCCCCAAUCCUCCCCCCGGCUGCCCCGUAGACCCACCGUGGAGUCUCACCGCGUCUCCAUCACUGACCUGCAGGACUGCGUGCAGCUCAACCAGUACAAGCUGAAAGAUGAAAUCGGAAAGGGCUCCUAUGGUGUUGUCAAGCUGGCCUACAAUGAAGACAACAACACUUACUACGCAAUGAAAGUGCUGUCCAAGAAGAGGCUGAUGAGGCAGGCAGGUUUCCCACGGAGACCACCCCCCCGCGGAGCCAAAGCAGCCCCCGAAGGCCCCCCUCAGCCAAAAGGACCGCUGGAACGGGUCUACCAGGAGAUUGCCAUCCUAAAAAAGCUGGACCAUCCCAAUGUGGUGAAGCUGGUGGAGGUUCUUGACGACCCUGGUGAGGACCAUCUGUACAUGGUGUUCGAGCUGGUCAAAAAGGGGGCUGUGAUGGAGGAGUUGCCCACAGACAAGCCGCUGAAUGAGGACCAGGCUCGGUUCUACUUCCAAGACCUGGUCAGGGGGAUUGAGUUCUUGCAUUACCAGAGGAUCAUCCACCGGGACAUCAAGCCCUCUAACCUCCUGGUUGGGGAGGACGGUCACAUUAAGAUUGCUGACUUCGGGGUCAGUAACCAGUUUGAGGGGGCCGACGCCCUCCUGACCAGCACGGUAGGCACGCCCGCCUUCCUCGCCCCCGAGACCCUCUCCGAGACCAGGAAGAACUUCUCUGGCAAGGCAUUGGAUGUUUGGGCCAUGGGAGUGACGCUGUACUGUUUCGUGUUCGGAGUGUGUCCCUUUAUGGAUGAACGCAUCAUCAGUCUUCAUCAGAAGAUCAAGACUCAGCCAGUGGAGGUGCCAGAGCAUUCAGACUUAUCUGACGAUCUGAAAGAUCUGCUACUGAAGAUGCUUGACAAGAAUCCAGAGACCAGGAUAUCAGUACCGCAGAUUAAGGUGCACCCGUGGGUGACGCGGCAAGGAGCGGAGCCCCUCCCUCUGGAGGAUGAUAACUGCUGCAUGCUGAUCGAGGUGACCGAGGAGGAGGUGGAGAACUCUGUCAAACACAUCCCCAGCCUGGCCACUGUGAUCCUGGUGAGGACCAUGCUGAGGAAGCGCUCCUUCGGGAACCCCUUUGACUGGGGCCGUCAGAGAACCGAAGACCGAGGCCCCGGUCUGUCUGCACCAGGACACAUGCUCACGAAACAAGAGAGCGGGGAGGGCAUGAGAACUGUGGACCUGCCCUUGGUGGGCGAAGAUGAGGCUCUUUCCUGAUGCGGUGUGGUUUCUCAGCGCGAGGGCGGAGGCAUGCUAGCGAAUUAUGUUGGUUGAAGCCACUAAUGUCUUUUGGGGAGGUGGACAGGACUGUUAUAGGGAUGUGACGGGAGCCUGAACACCCUUUUGGUGAAAGCUCCCUCCUGACUGUCACUCACUAACACCCAUCUGUAAUGCUCAUGUUUCUAGUCAUAGCAUGCUCUGUCUCAGGCUUCUGAUAUAAAGGUCUGUAUUAGCCGAGGUACAUGUGUUUCUCCGGGCCUCUCCUCCGUUUGAAAAGGCUCUCACGUUUACUGCAGGGGGAUGGGAGGGGGUGUUUGUGAACACAUAUUAGUAGAGCAAGUUACUUGACUAUGAUUGUCUGGACCACUCAUCAUUAAUGUGGACAGUUUUGUAACGAUAAACAGGAGAGGUUUAUUGAAACGAAAAAUAGAGAAAAAAAAGCUUUACUACAUUCAUAGUAUGCAUGUGAGUUUGUUUCCUUGCUACAUAAGUUGCACAUUCAUAGAAUUAGUUAUUGAUGCACAAUCUAUUUAUUUGAUUCAUU